UUGUGUGAUGAAAAAGGGAGAUAACUUCCAUUUUUGUUUACAUCUCAGCUGAUCAUGUGACACGAAAACCUGGGGAAGCAGGAAUUUAAUUCUUUUGCAAAACUGAUUUCAGCUGAACAAAACACGCCAUGGCUAGAACAAGCUUUGUUUUUAUAAUAAGUAUAGUGUUGAUGUCAACCACCUGCAGCAUUGUCAGUGGUUAUUUACUAAACUCAAACUUCAGUAAUACAGUGUUUGACUAUGACAAAAUCAAGAAAGAAGUUGCAAGCUAUAAAGAUGUUGCCAAUCAAAUUAUAAAUCUCUCAGUGUAUGGUGCAGCGCAAAAUCAGUCUUACAAUAGAUUAGCAGCUCUUGCAGACAAGUUUGGGCCAAGACUUGCCGGCUCACAGACCCUUGAAGAUGCCAUUGACUACAUGUUAGACCAGUUGAAGGCAGAUGCUCUAGAAAACGUUCAUGGUGAAGAAGCCGUGAUACCUCAUUGGGUAAGAGGAGAGGAGUCGGCUACCAUGUUAAAGCCUAGACUACACAAGCUGCCCAUGUUGGGGCUCGGAUACAGUAUUGGUACAGGGCCACAGGGGAUUACAGCUGAGGUCAUUGUUGUUAGGUCAUUUGAUGAAUUGAAGGCCAGAAGAUCUGAGGUGCCAGGAAAGAUUGUGGUGUAUAACAACAAAUACAUAAGUUACGGUGUAUCCGUGGCAUACCGCGCUCAAGGAGCAGCAAAAGCGGCAGAACUGGGGGCUGUCGCAUCCUUGAUCCGUAGUGUUACACCUCUAUCUGUAGACAGUCCACAUACAGGCAUGCAGGACUACCAGAAUGGUGUAAAGAAGAUACCUACUGCCUGUAUUACUGUAGAAGAUGCUGAAAUGAUGUGGAGAAUGGCUCAGAGAGGUGAGAAGAUUGAAGUAUUUUUGAACAUGUCUGCGUAUAAUUACCCACCAACAAGAUCACGAAAUACUGUAGCUGAAAUAAAAGGAAGUACUUAUCCAGAACAGGUUGUUCUUGUCAGUGGACAUCUUGACAGUUGGGAUGUUGGUCAAGGUGCUAUGGACGAUGGGGGCGGAGCAUUUAUUUCAUGGCAGGCCCUUUCAUUGGUCAGACAGCUUGGACUGAGACCUAAGCGAACUCUGAGAAUGGUCUUGUGGACAGCUGAGGAAUUUGGUGGUGUUGGAGCACAGUCUUAUUAUGAUCAACAUAAGUUGGAUGUCAACAAUUAUGAUUUAGUUAUGGAAUCUGAUAUUGGUACAUUUACACCUACAGGGAUAGAUUUUACUGGUAGUGCUAAUGCCAAUAAAGUUAUGACAGAAGUUUUGAAGCUGCUGGCACCUAUAAAUGCCUCAAUAUUAGAUGGUGGUGGUGAAGGCACAGAUAUAUCUCCAUGGAUGAAUGCUGGGGUGCCGGGUGCGAGUCUCAAAAAUGAAAAUGAUAAAUAUUUUUAUUUUCAUCAUACAAAUGGUGACACCAUGACUGUGCAAGACCCAGUACAGAUGAACCUGUGUGCGGCAGUUUGGGCGGUCACAGCGUACGUCGUAGCCGACCUGGAUGAUAUGUUACCACGAGAUAAAAAUGUACAUAUAAGUCUCUCACAGCAUUGAAUAGUGCCUUUAUACCUUUAUAUGUUUAGUAAUAUUAAAUUUAUAUAUGAACUGGAAAAUUCAAUCAUUUUACAUUUUAUAAAAUUGAUAACUGCUAUAAUGUUAAAGACAACAGUUGUAGAUUGUUUAAGAAUUAUGGAAGUUAAAGAUUUUAACAUAAAUGAUAUAUAGACAAAUGAAAAUGUGUUUUAUUCUGAAAAACCUAUCAUAUCUUUUUACAUAGAACAUUCCAAAAUUAGGAUAAAUGGUAAAUAUAAUUCUGUUUUACUUGAUUAUGAAAAUUAAUGUUUUUUAACAUAUCAGCUUUUUUAUUUUGAGAAUUUUGUAUUUUUUCAUAGCAUUGCUAUUUUGUUAAUGAGAAAUGUGUUGGAAUUUGAUUGGACUUUUAAAAAUUUCAUCAUAUAUGAACAUGAUGGCAUAAAUUAUCUAAACAAUAUAAUCAGAAUUAUAACUUUUAACCUCCUGGGCCGUGGGGAGGUGAUAAGAUUUCAAUGCAGUCUUACCAGCCUCUUUAUUUCUUCUUGAUAUUCCCAAAAUUGAUAAUAGACAGCUAAAAAUGGAAGCUGCACAUAUCUAUAAAGAAUUCAGGUUAAACUAGAGCAGAGUUGAUUAAUUCCAAUUUACACUAGUGUAUUAUUGUCAUAUUUCUUUUUAAGAGUAUUUUUGUCAUUUUUUUAGGGGAAUUAUUGUCACGUUUUUUAGGAGUAUCAUUGUCAUAUUAAUUACAUAGUAUUAAUUUAUUUUUUUUGCUAGUCGCAUUUGCAUGACAAUUUUUGCUACAUAACUACAGGUUCUAACCCUUAUUACCAGCAUUCUUAAUGAAUUUGGUUUAAACAUAUUUAGUUUAAACAAUAUUUUAUUAAUAAUCCACACAUUUACAUAAUAAAUUACAUAAAAUAAAAUUUACGGAUUGAGUAGGAAGCUUGUAAAGCUUUUUUGAAAACUCUCUCCGUUAAACAUAUUUAUUUAAGCUUGAUUGUGAAACAAGCUUUUGCUAUAUACAUGUACUUAUAUUAAUCACUUAAAGUGACAUUUUUUGAGUAUGCUUCCUGGAACCAACCAGUACUGGUAUCAUAUGAAGAAACAUGGUUGUGACCUGAUUUGGGCUGAAACCCAUGAGUUGAGAGGCAGACACCUUAACCACUAGGCCACUGCUCCCCUUGUAUUGUUUCAUGAAGUGUUUAAUUAUGGUUUAUGUAUUUUUUUCGAUUAUUUUAGUGUACAUUUUAUCAUAUGAAUUACUUGAAAUGCUGACAAAGAAAUUGAUUUGAAUUUCAUUUUAAUAAGAGAUAAAAAGACUGAGUAAUGAUAUAAAAGAUAAUCAAACAAAGUAUAGUAUGUUUUAAUGUAAUAAUGUAAUGUUUAUCAUUUUCACGUACUUUUUGCAAUUGUUUUCUUAUAUUAUGUGUUUUAUGUGUGUUAUAAAUAUUUUGGACAUAGCAUAUAGGAGAAAUUUGGUGCUGUGUGCAGGGGUGUGACAGGGAAUGGGGAUGUAUUGGUAUUGCAUCCUGUCAGGGACCUAUUUACAUGUAUACAGAUCUUGAUUCUUUCAGGGAAUUAGGAUUUAUUUGAUAAAAGAAACUUUAGUUUAAAUGUUUACACAGAAGAUGCUAUAUAUACUGUAUUCAACACUACUAUCACAUCAUCUAAAUACAUUGGCCAUAGCUUAAAGGUCAAGGUCUUUCCUGGGUAUCACUUAGGCCUAAUGGUUUCUCAUGCAUCAUAAUUGACUAAUUACCUUCGUCUUAAGGUAAUCCGUGAGGGAGCUUACGAUAGGGUCGAUGGUUCUACUCCGUGUCCAGUCGUGUCUGCAUUACGCACAAAAUAUUGCCAUAUACAGUAACCUUUACAGUGUCGGUGGGAUUGAAAAUCAAACAAAAGUAAUGAAACAAACACAGAGUUGUUCUUUAUAUUAAGGUAUAUUAUUUAUGUAACUUUACCUGACUAUAUUCGUUUAAUGGACAUUUCCUGAUUGUCCUGCCUGACAUUUGGUUCUUACCAUACUGUAGAUUGAAAGAACAUAAGCAGACGACCGUAGAGUCUAGUCUGACUUCAUGGUAAACUAAUACAUUGUAGUUUUCAUUGUACAUGUACAUUGUAAUAUAUUAAAGUGACAAUUAAUAAAUAUACUGAGUAUAUUAACCUGAAGAAAAAAAACAGCUGAUCAAAUAUUUCUUGUUUUUGUUUUAUACAGAAAAAUAUUCAGUGUUGCUUUAUUUUAAUAAAGAGAACUUUCUA